AUGCUUUUUCGGUUGUUGAUUCUUUGGCUAGCCAUCUACCAUAGCGAGGCGUUUAGGAUUUUUCCUAAACAGAUCUCGCAUGGACAGAGACAUGUCAAAGGGUCUUAUCGAUACAUGGUCGAUAGUAGAGUAUGCGAAACGACACCCGGCGUCAAAAGUUAUUCUGGGUACAUUGAUACCGGCAACAACCAGUCAAUGUUCUUUUGGUUUUUUGAAGCACGAAACAACCCCAAAACAGCACCAUUAGGCUUGUGGUUAAAUGGAGGGCCUGGUUGCAGUAGCUUAUUUGGGGCCUUGCAAGAGAACGGCCCUUGUCGUAUUAAUGCUGAAUCCACUCAGUCAAGCUUGAAUCCUUAUUCAUGGAAUACUUACGCAAAUAUGCUUUACAUUGACCAGCCAAUCGCCACUGGUUUUUCGUAUGGCGACCGGAACGUAUUUAGCUCAGAUCAAGCAGCGGCCCGCGUCUGGGAGUUUUUCCAAACGUUUUUUUCCAUCCCCACGUUUUCCCAAUACGCGAGUCGGGAGAUGACUUUUUGGUCCGAAAGCUAUGGGGGACACUAUGGUUAG